AUGAAUUAUUUUCCUAUUCAAAGAGAAGAAGAUUGUUUAAAAAAAAUUUUGAGUUUAAACAUAUUAAAAGGAUUUUUGGAAGGCAAUAAAGUAAACUUCCUAUUAAGAGGAAUUUUGUUAUUGUUUUUAAAAAUAGCUUCUGUCAGCUUUGAAUAUAUUCCACCAUUUAUAUUAACUUAAUAUGAGGAAUCAAUAGAAAAAUACUUAUUAGUAAUUUUGGCAUUGUAUGUUGAUUGUAAGAUAUAAUAAUAAUAGUUUUUACUUAGAAAUAUUAUGGAGUAUAUUUGUCUGAAUUGUAAUUUCUUGUGAAUGCAAAUUUAUCACAGAAGUUAUUUUCUUAAUGUUUAAGAGUGCAUAAUCAAACAACUUUUUAAGGAAUGUUAAAAGAAUUGAGAUAAGUUGAGAAAGCAAUUCGAUCAUUUUAUGAUUUAAUAGCAAUUUCUUUUGAAUUACCAUUUGUAUAUCAUUUGUUGAAGAAUGAAAAUUUAUUUGAUUCAAUUAAAUAUGGUGUUAUAUUGAGUUUAUUUGCUUUAUUAGCAGCAUCAGUAGCUUAGAUAUAUGCAUGGAGAAUUUAAUAUUUUUCAGAUAAAAGAUUGAGACUAACAUAAGAUAUGUUGUGCGGUAUAAAAAGUAUUAAAUAUUUAUAAUGGGAAAAUGUUAUGCUUAAAUUAAUAAAUAUUGUUAGAGAAUAAGAAUUUUUAGGUAACAAAGGAAUUUAAUAUGUUGAUACAUUUGUAACUUUUUUUAGAAGAAUGACUUAAAUUGUAUUAUUAUUUGUUGCCUUUUAUAAACUUUAGGAAUUAGAAAAAGAAUAAUUCUACACUAUCUUAAUAUUUUUUGAUAAAUUAGUAAGUCCAAUAAAUGCAUUCCCUUGGUGUUUUGGUGAAUUUUUAGGGAGUAUUUUUUCAGUAAUAAAACUUUAUGAUUAUUUUAAUACAACUGAAAUUGAAGCUAAACUUGUUAAAGAAAAUACUAUUGAAGUAAGUUCAAUUAAAAAAAUUAGAAUUUUUGAUAGAGUAAUCAAUUUUAUUAAAGGAGAUUCAUUUAAUUAGGCAAAUUAAACAAGAUUUUAAAUAUCUUUAACAUUUAAUGAAAUAAAGAGAAACAAAUUAACUUGUAUUAUAGGUUAAAUAGGAUCAGGAAAAAGUAUGUUGUUAGAAUAUUUUUGUGAUGGAUCAUAUGUAAGUCAAAAUGCAUGGUUAUUUAGUGGAACAGUGAAAUCAAAUAUUUUAUUUGGAUAAGAAUAUAAUGAAUAAAGAUAUUAAUAAUGUCUCAAAUUAGCUGCUAUAGAUUUUGAUGAUAAUAAAUAAGUAGGAUUUAAUGGAACAAAUUUAAGUGGUGGAUAAAAAUAAAGGGUAACAUUUUGUAGAGCUUUAUAUUAUGACACUUAAUCAUAUUAUUUUGAUGAUAUUUUUUCAGCUGUUGAUGAAAAUGUAGCAGAUCAUAUGUUCAAAUCUAUUACUACUUUUUUAAAAGGAAAAACUGUUGUUUUAGUAUUAAACUAACUCUAAUAUUUAUAAUAUGUAGAUUUUGUUAUUAAAAUUGAAAAUAAUAUAGCUAUUUUAGAAGAAAAGUAAAAUUUUCAAGUUGGUAAUGUUAAUUUUUCACCUAAACCUAUUAUUGAUGCAAUCGAACCUUCUUAGCCUGAAAAAGAAAUCGAUUAAGAAACUGAAUAAAAUUUAAAGGAAAAUUAUAAAUUUUAUAUAAAUGCAUUAGGUUUUAAAAUUCUUAUAUUUUUUGUUGUAUGUUCUUUACUUCAUUAAAUAAUGAAAGGUGGAUUUGAAUUAUGGAUUCAUAAUAACAUUUCUAAUUUAAAAAAUUUUGAUAAAUCAGAGUUUUUAAAUGUAUUUCUUAUUUUAUCAGGAUUAACAUUGUUAAGAGGAUUUAGUUAUUCAUAUGCAACUAUAAUAUCUGCAAAAAAUAUAUUUGAUUUAUUAAUGUAGAAAUUUAUACAUUUACCUACUAAAUAUUAUGAUAUUUUUUCUAGUUCUUUUUAUAUCAGGAGAUUAUUUGAUGAUAUGAAUGAAAUUGAUGAUCUCCCUUUAAAUUAUUUUUUUACAGUUUCCCUAGAAUUUCUAGGUUUAUUCUUACUUAUUAGUUCCAUGUAAUUUGAAAUAAUUCCUUAUGUUAUUAUCAGUGGCUAUUUAUUAAUUAAAAAUUAAUUGUUACACAGAAAAUUUAAAGUCUCAAGAUAAGUAGAAAUUAAUAGGUACUUUGAAACAUAAGACUUUGAUUCCUUUAUUAUUGAAACAGAAAAAGGACAUAAAUUUAUUAAAUACUUUAAAUAAUAAAAUAAAAUUUAAAUUUAAUUUUAAAAGAUUUUACUUUAUAAAUAUGCUAAUUCUUUAUCUUAAAGUUAAUUAGAAUAUACUCUUAAAUUACGCAAUUUUAUUGUAGAAUCAACUGUUUUAGUAUUAUUGAUUAUCACAGGAAAUAAAUUAAGUUAUACUUAUGCUUAUUUAUUAUUUGGUAAUCAAUUUUUAUCUAAAUCUGUUUCAAGUUGGAGAAGAAUCACUAUAGUCAGUCAAUCAUUAUAAAGAAUUAAAUAGAUUGUGAAUUUCCCUUAAGAAUAAAAUGCACCAAUUUAAGAAUACAAAGACAAUUUAAUUGUUUAUGAUAAUGUUUGGCUUAGUUAUGGAAUGGCAAAAGGUUUAGCAUCUGCAGAUUAUGCUCUAAAAGGAGUCUCAUUUCAAAUUUCAAAGGGAUAAAAAGUAGCCUUUUGUGGAAGGACAGGAUCAGGAAAAUCAAGUCUUUUUAAUUUACUUGUAUCUUUAUAUGAAUUCUAAAAAGGGUAAAUUUAUUUUUUUGGGAAUCCAAUCUCUUAUUAUGGAACAACAUAAUUAAGAUCAACUAUGAGUGUAAUUCCUUAAUAAGGAGUUAUAUUACCAGGAUCAAUAAGAGAAAAUAUUGAUCCGAAUUAAUAAUUUAAUAAUUAACAAAUUGAAGAUAUAUUUAAAGAAUUAGACUUCUAAAUUGACUUAAAUAAAAAUACUUAAAAUUUAUCAAAUGGAGAAAAACAAAUAGUAAAUUUUGUAUAAUCAAUAUUAUUGAAUAGAGACAUUAUUUUAAUGGAUGAAGCUACAUCCAAUAUGGACAUAGAAACUAGUAAUAAAAUUAAAUUAUUAUUUUAGAUAAUAAAAUUAUGAAGAAGUUAUUUAAUUUUGUAUAAAAUAAAACCUUACUUCUAAUAUCCCAUAGAUUAGAAAAUCUUUAAUAGUUUGAUAAGGUAUAUGUAAUGGGAGAAGGAUAAAUUUAAGCUUGUGGAACUUAUGAAGAACUAUUAAAAAAUGAGAAAUUCUUGGAACUUAAGAGCAUAUUAUGA